UGACCUCGACGGCAAGGACCCGGCGGUGGUGGCUCAUGAUUGCACGCGACGAGAGGUAGCAUCCGCCUGGCAGAAGAGAGUGGGUUUACAGGUCGUUUUAGUGGUUUUUGCAGUGGUCCGAACGAUAAUGAAGCCACGAUAGCUCUUCGAGCGCAUAAGAUGUUGUCACGAGGACAAAGGUCACGUGCACUCGGAAUUUAACGUGAUCCGGACGACCGAAGUGGGUCUUAGUCAUUUUCCUUUCGACCUUCCUCCCAAAGAUUCCUCUCCACCAUCUCCUCCCUCUCGUUCCUUCUUCGUAACACUUCGGAAAAACACAGCUUAAAGCGCAAAAGCUUCCAAAGUUGAGGCUUCCGAGAGUGAGAGACAGAGAGAGGGAUAGAGCUGGAGAUGGAAGGCAUAGAGCACAGCACCGUCGCCGUCAACGGCAUCGCCAUGCACGUGGCGAUCAAGGGCCCGCCCGGCGGCCCCACCGUCCUCCUCCUCCACGGCUUCCCGGAGCUCUGGUACUCCUGGCGCCACCAGAUGGCGGGCCUGGCCGCCCUCGGGUACCGGGCCGUGGCCCCGGAUCUCCGCGGCUACGGCGACACCGACGCCCCCGCCUCGGCCUCGGCCUACACGGGCCUGAGCGUGGUGGGGGACCUGGUGGCCCUCCUGGACGCCGUGGCCAAGGGAGAGGAGAAGGUGUUCGUGGUGGGCCAUGACUGGGGAGCGAUCGUGGCGUGGCACUUGUGCCUGUUCCGGUCGGACCGGGUGAAGGCGCUGGUGAACCUCAGCGUCCCGUUCGCCCCGCGCAACCCUGCCAGGAAGCCCCUGGAGGGCCUCAGGGCCGCCUAUGGCGAAGACUACUACAUCUGCAGAUUCCAGGAUCCUGGAGAGAUGGAAGCUGAGUUUGCUCAGAUUGGUACAAGGAGAGUCCUUGAGGAAUUCUUUAAUUACCGAAACCCGGGCCCACUUUUCUUGCCGAAAGGGAAAGCGUUCAGGCACCCGACGGAUGACCCGAUCGUCUUGCCCUCAUGGCUGACCGAGGAAGACGUUGACUAUUAUGCCUCCAAGUAUGAGAAGACGGGGUUUACUGGUGGAUUCAACUACUACAGAGCUUUGGAUCUGAACUGGGAGCUCACAGCACCGUGGACCGGGGUUCAGAUCAGAGUACCGGCCAAGUUCAUGGUCGGUGACUUGGACCUCACUUACAAUGCUCCGGGCACUAAAGACUUCAUACACAAAGGCGGGCUCAAGAAGUAUGUGCCUUUUCUUGAGGAUGUGGUGGUCGUGGAAGGAGUGGCUCACUUCAUCCACGAGGAAAGACCUCAAGAAGUCAUCCAACACAUUCAUGACUUCUUCCAAAUGUUCUGAAGUUUUGGGGCUUGUCCUCUUCUCGAUCGAGUGUUGGUAUCGUCGAAACCUAGUAAAAUGAUGUGGGCAUGAAUAAGAUGGUUCAGUAGCUUAGUCCCGGUCCCGAAAUUUCUCAAACUAUGUACAUGAGACUCUGAAGCAGCUAGCUUUUAUCUGCUAAAAAGAUAUUUUCACGUUUACUAGAUACUCAGAA